AUGACUGAAACAGUGGAAUUGCCAGUGGAGGGGAAUUCCCUGAUAAGAGCCGUCUAUCAGAGCCGCCUUCGCCUCACCAGGCUGUUACUAGAGGGUGGUGCCUACAUCAACGAGAGCAAUGACAGAGGUGAAACCCCUUUAAUGAUCGCUUGUAGGACAAAACACGUGGACUCCCAGAGUGUCAGCAAAGCAAAGAUGGUUAAAUACCUACUGGAAAACAAGGCUGAUCCAAACAUACAGGACAAAUCUGGAAAGACGGCCUUGAUGCAUGCUUGCUUGGAAAAAGCAGGCCCUGACGUGGUAUCUCUGCUACUGAAUAGUGGAGCUGACCCAAGCCUGCAAGAUCACUCCAAUUGCUCUGCACUUGUGUAUGCAAUAAACUCUGAAGACAAAGAGACCCUGAAAGUUCUUCUUAAUGCCUGCAGGGCGCAAGGAAAAGAAGUCAUCAUCAUCACAACAGACAAGUCCCCAUUGGGAAGGCAGAAAACGAAGCAGUACCUGAAUGUGCCUCCUGCAGACCUUGAGGAAUGCCAUUCCCCAACUGCUUGCAUCUCUCCAUCGGAAAUAGAACUGAAAACAUCUCCAUCCCCACUUCCAAGUUCAAAUCAAACUAAAAAGGCACUAUUCAGCUUUAAAGAGCUGGAUCAUCCACGAAAUGUGGACAACUCAUCUCAAACGAUUUCACUGACGAGAAAUUCCAGCUCAACAAAAGUAGGGUCCAAGCUGGCACAAGUGCAGCGGCUACAGUCUGAACCUUGGAUAAAGAGCUCUCCGUCACUGUUUCAUCAGAACAAAAUUGCCUCUUUACAAGAACUUCAGGAUAUUACUCCAGAAGAAGAGCUCGCUUUUAAAAUCAAUGGCCUUGCCUUAUCAAAGAGAUUCAUCACCAGGCACCAAAGUAUUGACAUAAAAGACACUGCUCAUUUAUUGAAAACCUUUGAUCAAACUGCAUCAAAGAAAUUAUUGUAUGAUGAAAUAAACUCUCGGACUCCUCAUGUUGAAGAGAAACAUAGUCCCAGUGGGAUUCCUAUGGGUAAGGAUACCAGCUCAGGACAAAUAAGCUUUAUUUCAAACCUCAGUAGUAUUAUCCACAAAAGAAAUUUAGGAGCAAAUCACUACAGCUCUGAUUCUCAGUUAACUACUAGUCUAAGUCCUGCUGCAGCAGAAGACAGUAAGUCAGUGAUAGGAAAGAAAAAGAUUCUUUCUCCAUCUCACUCUUUGUUAUCAAGUUCUAGAGGAGUACUGGAGAACAUGCCUCCUGUUGCCCUGAGCAGCAGAAAUCAAGCUUUUCUAGAAAGACGGGGUUCAGGAGCCUUAUUGUUGGAUCAUAUUGCUCAGAUGAGACCAGGUUUUCUUCCACCACUGAAUGUGAAUCCUCACCCCUCAAUUCCAGAUAUUACUUUCAUAAACAGGGUGUCUGGGAUGAUUUCUUGUGGACAAAAACACUUAGUACCAGCAGCACCUGCUUUCCCUAGGGAGACCAAAAAUACAAAAAUGCUACUAAGGAGGCAGUCAUUACAGACUGAGCAGAUAAAGCAAUUAGUGAAUUUUUAA